AGCAAUCCCAACCUGAAAGAGACCCCUUGAAAUCAUUUUUCCAUCCAAACCAAGUCUCGACCAUCAACCACAAUGCAGUUCACCUACCAAGCCCUUACCAUCUUCCUCACCUCCCUCCUUCUCAACACCGCCGCCGCUCACUCUUGCGACACCAGCGUGGCCUGGGCUGAUUCCACCGACUGCCAUUACUUCUACCAGUGCCUUCCGGGCGUUGAACCCGCUCGCAAGAAGUGCGGGGCUGGCACAGCCUUUAACCCUGUUAUCCAGGCGUGUGAUUAUCAGCAGAAUGUCCCGGCCUGUUAUAAGGAGCCACAUCAUCCUCACCCUCAUCAUGAAUAGAUGAUGAGAUUUGUGGAUUUGCUUGGGUAUUCUGUUUUCGUUGGGUUAAUGGGUCAAAAGUGAGAUUCGGGUCAAUUGCUGGUUUCAAUUGUUUGUCUAUUUUGUUCAAUGUGGGGAGUGAAUCAUCUUUACGAUACAAUAUUAGACUUCCA